CGCGAGGGGCGCGGCCCCGGCGGCACAGACAGCGCGGCUGCGGACCGGGACGCACCAUGUGCGGCAUCUUUGCUUACCUGAACUACCAUGUGCCCAGGACGAGGAGGGAGAUCCUGGAGACCCUCAUCAAGGGGCUGCAGCGCCUGGAGUACCGGGGCUACGACUCUGCAGGUGUGGGACUGGAUGGAGGAAAUGACAAAGACUGGGAAGCCAAUGCUUGCAAAAUCCACAUUAUCAAGCAGACGGGGAAAGUGAAGGCUCUGGAUGAAGAGGUUCACAAGCAACAGGACAUGGACCUGGACAUCGAGUUCGACGUGCACCUGGGCAUCGCCCACACGCGCUGGGCCACGCACGGCGAGCCCAAACCUGUGAACAGCCACCCGCAGCGCUCCGACAAGAACAACGAGUUCAUCGUCAUCCACAAUGGCAUCAUCACCAACUACAAGGACCUGAAGAAAUUCCUGGAGAGCAAGGGCUACGACUUCGAGUCGGAGACGGACACGGAGAGCAUCGUCAAGCUGGUCAAGUACAUGUACGACAACCGCGACAGCGACGACAUCAGCUUCUCCACGCUGGUGGAGAGGGUCAUCCAGCAGCUGGAAGGUGCUUUUGCCCUUGUGUUCAAGAGUGUUCAUUACCCUGGGCAGGCAGUUGGUACCAGGCGAGGCAGCCCCCUGCUCAUCGGCGUGCGCAGCGAGCACAAGCUGUCCACGGACCACAUCCCCAUCCUGUACCGCACAGGGAAGGACAAGAAGGGGAGCUGCAACCUGUCCCGGGUGGACAGCACCACCUGCCUCUUCCCUGUGGAGGAGAAAGCUGUGGAAUAUUACUUUGCUUCUGAUGCCAGCGCUGUCAUCGAGCACACCAACCGCGUCAUCUUCCUGGAGGACGACGACGUGGCGGCCGUGGUGGACGGCCGUCUGUCCAUCCACCGCGUCAAGCGCACGGCCGGCGACCACCCGGGCCGGGCCGUGCAGACCCUGCAGAUGGAGCUGCAGCAGAUCAUGAAGGGUAACUUCAGCUCAUUCAUGCAGAAGGAAAUAUUUGAACAGCCAGAAUCUGUUGUUAAUACCAUGAGAGGAAGGGUCAACUUUGAUGAUUACACUGUGAACCUGGGUGGGCUGAAGGAUCACAUCAAGGAGAUCCAGAGGUGCCGGCGUUUGAUCCUCAUCGCCUGUGGCACGAGCUACCACGCAGGAGUGGCAACCCGCCAGGUGCUGGAGGAGCUGACGGAGUUACCUGUCAUGGUGGAGCUGGCCAGUGACUUCCUGGACAGGAACACCCCCGUGUUCAGGGACGAUGUGUGCUUCUUCCUCAGCCAGUCAGGGGAGACUGCAGACACCCUGAUGUGCCUCCGGUACUGCAAGGAGAGGGGAGCCCUGACCGUGGGCAUCACCAACACCGUGGGCAGCUCCAUCUCCCGCGAGACCGACUGCGGCGUGCACAUCAACGCGGGCCCCGAGAUCGGCGUGGCCAGCACCAAGGCCUACACCAGCCAGUUCGUGUCCCUGGUGAUGUUUGCCCUGAUGAUGUGUGACGACAGGAUCUCCAUGCAGGAGCGGCGCAAGGAGAUCAUGAGGGGGCUCAAGGGGCUGCCAGACUUGAUUAAGGAGGUGCUGAGCAUGGAUGAUGAGAUCCAGAAGCUGGCCACGGAGCUGUACCACCAGAAGUCUGUCCUCAUCAUGGGACGUGGCUACCACUACGCCACGUGUCUGGAGGGAGCCCUGAAAAUCAAAGAAAUCACCUACAUGCACUCGGAGGGGAUCCUGGCUGGGGAGCUGAAGCACGGCCCCCUGGCCCUGGUGGACAAGCUCAUGCCUGUGAUCAUGAUCAUCAUGAGAGACCACACCUAUGCCAAGUGCCAGAACGCUCUGCAGCAGGUCAUUGCACGCCAGGGCCGGCCCGUGGUGAUUUGUGACAAGGAGGACAUCGAGACCAUCAAGAACAACAAAAGAACAAUCAAAGUGCCCCACUCGGUGGAUUGCCUGCAGGGCAUCCUGAGCGUCAUCCCCCUGCAGCUGCUGGCCUUCCACCUGGCCGUGCUCCGCGGCUACGAUGGACUCCUUCACUUCAGUGCCAGCAAAGGCUCAGACGAUGAGAAUGAAAUGAAAUGAAAUGCUGUGUGCCUGGAAAAGCUUCUCCAAGCAGUGCAUGUGUUUAUGAACCUGUCACACCUGUUGGUUUGUGAACACGCCGUGCUGCUGGUGUCUGUUCAGGAGCAAAGUGGUAAAUUCUGCAUUUUAGUUCAGCACAAGCUGUGUGAGGCACUGCCCUGGCCUGAACAUCACCUGUAGCCCUCCCUGCUUCCCUGGAGGAGGAGAAUUGAGGGAAAAACAAGGAUUUUGCAGUGCUCACAGGUGGGAGAGAGGUACUCUUCCUCCUCCUCCUCCUCCUCAGCUUGCUUCAGAGCCCCUGCAGGGCUGGCCCAGGGAUGUGCAGUGCCCCAUCCUCUGCUCUCAGAACAGCAUCUGUUAAUUAACAGAGUUAAUGAUCCCCACCAGGGGAUGCUUCAAGGCCCUUUUCCUCCCCCUGCAGCCAGCUCUGCUUUUCUGCUGCCUGGCACAGAGCAGGCUCAGCAGAAGUGUGCCAGUGCAGGCUGUCACAGCCUGCUGCAAACAGGACCAAAGAGCUGAGCUGGGAGUGCCAGGGAGGUGGUGCUGAGCUCCCUGGGUGUGCCACAGCAGCCCCUGUCCCCUGCAGCUGGUGGCACUGAUGGCUCAGGGCACGGGCAGUGUCCCCUCCUCCUGCCUGGGCUCAAACCCAAAGGCAGGGAUGCUGUGGGCUCAGCCCCCAGGGAUGCUCUGGAGCUCACCUGGAGGAGGAAUUUCCCUGCUGGCCGUGGCAGGGAGCUCCUUAGCAUCUCCUCGUGGUUGUUGUUGCCAUGCAGUGUGAAGUGGGGAUGCACCAAGGACUCUUGCUGGCUUUCCUUACCUCGUUCUGUCCCCGUGUUGCAUUUCUGAACAGAUGAUGUUUCCCUUAGAAAGCUUUUAGGGUGUCUCGUGGUAUUUAUUGACAGCCAGUCAGUCUUCUGCUCUCCCAAAUGAAUGUUUUGCUUACUGAGCCAGUGAAAUUCUCUCCUUCCUCACUGAGGUGUUGGAAAAAUUCAGUAGCUCUGUCUCUAAAAUUGAGCCACAGGUAAAUACAGAUGAGACCUUUGCCACCUGGACUAGCAGCUCCUCCCGUGGCCACAGUUUAUUUCGGUGUAAGUAGCUCUGCCCCUCACCUGCAGAGGCUCAGAGGGAAGCCCUGAGGUCCUGGGGGGGUUUUAAUUCCCAAAAAAAAAAAAAGCAGAGAGCUCCCAGCUCAGCACACCUUUCUGCCCUGCAGCUCUCACCCAGAUCCCACACUCGUGCAAAUUGAGCAGCACGUGGAAUUUGCUGCAGCCAGGAAGGCUUUUUAUCCCCCUGGCUGUGCUGCAGAAAGGCAGUUUUUUACCCAGAUUUCUCACAGUCAGCACUCUGUGCAGAGCCCAUCAGUGCCUGUCCCUGGGCAGGGCCAUCUCCUGGGACCCAAAAAACACCACCCAGAGCCUUUCCCAGCCCCCUGGCAUGAGCAGAACCCUCAGCCCGAGCCUUAAGCCCAUCCCAAAGCCUCUGAAGGCACAAACCACACACAGCAGUGCAGAGCUGGGCCUGUCCCCUCCCUGGCUGUCCCCAGCAGUCCCUG